AUGCCCCUUUUCAGUCACUAUGGCGACGUCGACGACAUUUCCAAUCGCCUUGCCGUGCCCGCCUUGGUCUUCUCCAUCGUGACGCCGCUGUUCGUCAUUGCGCGCUUCUGGAGCCGCAGGACCUUUGCCAAAAGCAUCGAUCCCGAUGACUGGGUAAUCCUGGCCUCCUGGGUUUUUGCUGAGGCGGUUUGCAUCCAGAUGAUGAUCAUUUGCCAAUGGGCUUUUGGAAAGCAUAAAGUAGACGUCAAGCCCGAAGUCUUAGCAAAAUCACUGAAGUUGUAUUUCUUCGCGCAGAUCCUGUACAAAAUCAACAUUGGCCUGACCAAGAUUAGCAUCUUGCUCCUCUACAUCAAGGUCUUUGUACAGCCGUGGUUUCGAAGAACCUGCUGGGUCUGCGUCUGUGUGAUUGUGGCCUUCACCACCGGCACCGUCGUGUCAAGCAUCUUCCAAUGUGUUCCCGUGCAGUACGCAUUCGACAAGAAGCUGCCCGGCGGCGGGACUUGCCUCAACCUGACGGCGUUCUGGUAUGCCAAUGCCGUCUUUAACAUCCUGAGUGAUGUCGUUAUCAUCAUUCUGCCAACUCCAAUCAUCAACAAGCUGCACUCGCCCACCCGGACCAAGAUUGCUGUCUCUAGCGUCUUUGCUGUUGGAAUCUUCGUUUGCAUUACUUCUAUCCUUCGCUUCACCACCCUCAACAUUGCGACUUCCCACCUCGACAUCCCAUGGACCAACAUCGGAUCGUCCAUGUGGACCAUUAUCGAGUCCAAUCUCGGCAUUAUCUGCGCUUGCAUGCCCACGCUCUGGCGGCCCAUCUCGCGGUUCUGCCCCUGGCUGGCUUCUCGCGUCACACGGUCGAAGUACGGCACCGGCCACAGCGCCGGAAGCCAGUCGCAAGCCACUGCUCGCCGAAGACCCAUCUCCCUCGGCGUCAAAGACCCUGCGGGUUGCUGGACGAAAAUAACGUCGAGUGAGGAGCAGCUGGCACGGGACUACGAGACCUAUGUAUCUGCCUCUGCAGACGGUGAGCCGCAUUGGCCUGAGAGGGCAGAUAUUGGAAUUACCGGAGAUAGAAAUCCGAUCAGGAAAGAUGCACGUACCUCCGUGCACUGCUCUGAAGGCGAUUCUCAAAGAACUAUCACAGAGAAUGGGCAGGCAGACAUCGAAAUGAAACGGAUCGGCUAG